UGUUCAAGACUUAAUGGAGUUAUUGGAGCUGAAGAGGUGAAAACGUGUCAUAGCAAGUCUCCAGAUAUUAGUCAUACUCUUGGAGAUUAAAACAAGUAGGAGAAACGUCGUUCAGCUCAAGAAGAAAGCGAAAAGUCUGUCCACCGGUUGGACAAACGAAACCCAAAAGUCAGUCUGCAAGGCAUGUAACGUCUCUACAUUUCGCAGCAGGUCUUCACGAUGAUUGCUUUUUUGCUACUUUUGGUUUUUGUCUUUUCUAUGAGUCACUCGGUGGAUAGAAACUCUGUACCUUGCAUGCCAGCGAAGUACAACAACGCUCAUAAUGUUUUCCUCAAGCGCCAUAUUCCUGAGGGGGUGCCAAAUACGUGGGACCAAAACGCUUGGGAAACUUUCCUGCGUAAUAUUCACACAUGUACCAGGCCGACCCAGUCGUUCUUCCGUGCCAGUGAGAAACAGCGGGUGGAUAAUGUGUGUACUAAAGCUGGCGGGAAGACCCUGUCUGGAAACCUGUGCAUCAGCAAAGAUAAAUUCUCCUUCGUAACGGUGCGGAUCGAUGUCACUAAUGGCGCGUGUGGGAUCAGAAGCAUGCACAAUGAAACGAAGCACAUCAUCCUCGCGUGUGAAGAGAUUGGAGACUUCUGUCAGCCGGUCCAUUUCGAGGGCAACCCUGAAAACACAACGCCGAGCAAUAACCUGCUGGACUGCGGGGCUAAAGGGAGCUCGGGGCCUAAAACUACCGUGUUAAACGUGCUCAUGUUGAUGUUGACUUUGUUAGUCUCGAUUUACAUUUUGUGAGACUCAAAGCCAUUAUUGCCAGCUCUGUAUGCUAUAUAGACCCCUCAAAAUGCAUGCAUUUCAUUGCUGUGUUUAUAUUUGUUUGUUAUCAUUAAAAUAAUUUGAAAUCAUGUUAGAUAAGUUAUGGUGUCAAUAAUUUUGUAUAAAAAAUAGCCUCAAUUAAAGAUUUUAAAAUUGACUUAUUCUGGCAAGCUGGUCUCUGAACAAAUGAACAGCUCUGAUUAAUGAUCGCAGUAAUAAAUGGUAAGAUGUGCUUAAAUGCAGCUGUUACUAUUUCUUCUUGAUCUGAUUCUCAAAACUUUUGUCUGUGUAACCUAAUUUAUUCGGUUUGAUUUAGUCAUAUUAAAUAAUAUUUUUAAUUUGAAUAAAACCAAUUAAUUUAGAUAUUACCACAUGAGGCACAUUUGUUUAGGUUACCUGAAAAAAACACCUUUUAGAGAGCAUAUGGAGACCAUGGCAAUGUCUCACAGUCGUAUCAGUAACUAUACUCAGGGCCGUAGCAAGGAAUUCUGGGCCCCAUGACUGUUUAUUGGACUGGGCCCCUUUCAUAUUGAAAAAUACAGUUUACAAUUUGCUGUGGGCCCCCCUGUGCCUAUGGGCCCCUAGAAUCGUUACCACCUUUCACCCCAAUAGCUUCAGCCCAUACUGUGUGGUUUUGUGUCAAAAGUCCAAUUAUACUAAUGAAUGUUUUCUUUUGCAGUGAUUUGAUAUGUUGGUUUCGACACCAAAACUGUUUUACAUUACAUUAAAUCUGGCCUCCAAACUAAUAUUCCAAAAUCAUAAUAUUUUUGUAAAAAGAUGAACGCAAUAAAACCACACUAGGAUACAUAGUAAGAAUAUUUUACUAAAAAAUUUAAAUAAUGUCAUUGUGUUUCAUGGAAGAAAGACAGUCAUAUGAUUAAUAAAUGAUAUGAG